AGAUGAAGCACGGCGCAGCAAUAAGUUGAAGACCAGGGCACAUCCAUAGCUGCCUAACCACCCUUCCCCCAUUGUAAGAUCAUCAUGGCCUUUGCUGACGACCUCUGCCGCCGCCGGAUUAUUCAACUCUCCACUCCCCGUGCCUGAAACAUAACAAUCAUCACCACUAUGAUCUGGCGCUAUCUGUUGCGACGUCCCAUGCUGGGCACACUCUGCAUCAUAGUGCUUUUCACGUGGUUGCUCCAACAGCCUGAUACGUCGGUCAAGGAGGUUUCUCUUCUUCAACAUCGGUACCCAUUGCUGUUUGAACGUGUUCACACGAACACCCGCAGUGGCGGAGCGUGGUAUAUCCCCCCGACCUGGACGAAUAAAACGAGCCAGCCCCCCGAAAACAUCGUUGACGCCGCUGAGCAAGUGUUGCGCCUGGUCCAGGAGACCCCUCAACGGCAGAUCCCCCACUCCUUGAUUCCCCUAAUUGUACACCAGACCUGGAAGAACACGCGGGUGGACACCUGGCCGCAUGUGUUACAGCAGAGCACGGAGAAAUGGUUGCGCACGGGGGAUGAGCAGAUGGCAUACUUCUUGUGGGACGAUGACGGAAUACAACAGUUCAUUCGGCGGUUCGAACCAGAACGAGAGAAACAGUUCUAUGCUCUAUCCAGCCACGUGGAACAGUCGGAUGUCUUCCGGAUUUUCGUGUCCAAGUGGAUCGGAGGGGUGUACGCAGAUAUCGACACUGAGCCUCUGCAAUCGCCGGCAUCUUGGAUCACCGCGGCUGAUAUCGCGCGGUGGCAGGAUCAUGAAACUGGGCGUGUGUAUAACUUUACGGGACCCGUUCGAGCGAUUGUCGGACUAGAAGCCGACUGUCCGCCAAACAGUGAUGCCUACUGGCGCAUGGGAUACCUGCUGCCCGUGCAGCUAACUCAGUGGGCAUUUGCAUGGGCGCCAGGCCAUCCAAUCUUGCAGAUCUUUCUCGAUCGUCUCUUCACGGAAGUUCCAGGUGUUUCUGAUCAACGCACCCCUGCGCCUCAGUCACAGUCUAGCGAUCUGGGCGCGCUCGACCCCAUUACCCUCACUGGACCUGUCGCAUUCACUCAUGCAGUCCAGAGCUGGCUCAAGGCCAUCGUCGGUCUUAGGUGGAACGCAUUGUCAAGCUUGCAGGACGGAGGGAAGAGUAAGUUAGUAGAUGACGUCUUGGUUUUGCCUAUCACUGGAUUCAGUCCUGGUCGAGGAAAGUAUGGAAACAUGGGCUCUAAGCCCAUCACAGACCCUUCUGCGCGCCUGUUCCAUCGCGCGCAAGGAUCCUGGAGAGAAUUUAACUUGCGGGUCGAGUAUGGCAAGUUCUGUCGAACGGUGUUUGGCAGGUGUCGGACCUGGUCCAAAGUGCCCCAGGGUCUGCUACUUUGAUGAGCAUCGGCUGUCGAAGCAGUGCUGAUGACAAGUAGUGGUCCGAUUCCGAAGAAAACAAAUA